GGUGAUAAAAGUGAGUGAUUGAUAAAAGUGACCGAGUUUCUGAAUUGACAAAAUGGUGGAUACAGAUGGAUGAGGGUGUUUAACACAUGUGAUGAAAUGGAUGGCACGCCACGAAAAGAAGUAGAAAGGAUAUAUGGAUACCCAUGGGUGGAAUUUGGCCGAAAUGUGCCAGCGUUAUCAUCAAGCUGUACCACCACCGGCAUCAUCCUCAGCUGGAACUGCAGGAGCUGCGCAAAAUUCAUCCCCGAAUAAAGAUCAGUCAAAUAUCUCACACGGUUUAUCUAGUAAUCAACACGUCGAGCAAACAAGUCCGUCCUACUCUCAUUACACAAUGCUAGAGAAUUAUGAUCGCAGUGGAGCAACACCACCCCCACAAAUGAGUUACGCGAGUUCACAGGGUCUUUUGGCUCUUCAUAAUUCCAUGUAUCCUGGUGCUACCCGGAGCUAUGAUGUGGACUCUAGUAUGGAUGGAAAUGACGGAUCAAUGUCUAUGGAUCCGCAAAUUAUUUCUAUACCAGGGGUAUUAAAUAGUCCAGUGCAACAAAGACUGGAAGACAUGCCGUGGUUGACAUCCGGUCCACCGUUGGAUUACCAGCAGAGUCUGUCAAUGCCAAGUGUUGUGAAGAUGUGCCAUCCAAGUACCUCGACACAACGUAUCCUCAAGGAGCAACGUAUCCGGCGACCUAUGAAUGCGUUCAUGGUAUGGGCAAAGGUCGAGCGUAAAAAAUUAGCUGACGAGAACCCCGAUCUCCAUAACGCCGAUCUCAGUAAAAUGCUCGGUAAAAAAUGGCGCGGUUUGACUCCACAAGACCGUCGGCCAUACGUCGAAGAAGCCGAAAGACUGAGAGUAAUUCACAUGCAAGAGCACCCGAAUUAUAAGUACCGGCCUAGACGCAGAAAGCAGCCGAAAAGAUUAUCAGGGGGACCUUCGUCUCCUCCGUCAAUCGCCGCGAAUUCAGCGGGAUCUAGGUCGACGCCAAGUGGAAAUUCAGCAUCAGCAUCAGCAGCUCGUCAUUCCACGAAGAUGGAUAAUUAUCAAGGAAUGUCGCAGCUACCGUGGGGUGGACACUCACCGAUUUCUUCGAUGUAUCACCAGCAGCAGAGCAUACAGGAUUACAAGUCUGAAAAUAAUUCUAUUUAUGGUAGUCCUUAUACGCCGAUUAUUCAUACACCUGACAUAUCACCUGUUGCGAGUCCUGAAUCCGAAGGAGAUGGAACACACCUUCAAUCCUCUCAGAACACUGAGGCCGAGAGAGAAUUAAUGGACAGCUCAGCUAAACAACAUAACGAUUUACUAGAACAAAGUAAACGUUACUCGUAUAUGAAUACUGACAAUCAAUUGCACGCUGGACACGCCGGAGGCACAAGCAUAUCUUCCUGUCAGAAUACUGGUGGUUAUACGGAUACUUUGACCUAUAAGAAAUCGAUUGGAUAUUUGAAUUUCGAGAGGCAAACAACGAGCAUCGCCGCGGUGGGGAUCGCUAAUGGCAUGAUGGUAUCAUGUAAUAAAUUACGGUCUGGUUUCGACAACGUCGGAUCAGUCACGGGGACGUUUUACCCUCCUGUUGCUUCACCUCAUGAUCAAACAAUUCACUAUAAUAAUCCUCAGUCAUCAAAAACCGCAAACUACUCGAUGCAGUCCAAUGUCGAGAAUAAUUAUAACCAGGUUCAAUGCUCCAAUCGUCAGCAGAAUAUUAAUAUGAGAAAUUCAAACGAACAAUGUCCAAAAAUGCCGCCAACGAGUAAAGAAACUGAAAAUGUUGCCGAAAGUUUGGCCGCUGGUGUACCAAGUAAUACACAAAAUCCAGCAUUGGCGAUGCCAAGUACAACACUUAGGAUAGUUGCAUCCAGUGAAGAUUUUACUGAAGCGAUUUCAGAACUUCCGACAGAAUCAACAGCAGCUAAAAUCGAAACAAAGUUAGAAAAUGUUGGUAAAGAAAUAACAGCAGCAACGGGAAUACCAACAUGGGGUUUAGUUGCUAUUUUAAUUGCGGUGGGCGCAAUAGUGCUGGGCGUCUGUUUCUGCUGUAUAAGAAGAUGCUUCCGGAAACGGCGAUCAAAGGACGGAAAGAAAGGUCUCAAAGGUGCAGUGGAUCUAAAGGGAGUGCAAUUACUCGGAGGAACGUACAAGGACAAGGUACAGCCGGAUAUGGAGGAACUUACGGACAAUGCUGAGGAGCCCGAUGAAGCAGAGAGCAAACAGAGCGAGGUCAAACUUGGAAGACUACAAUACAAGCUUGAAUACGAUUUUAAUUCAAACAGCUUGGCAGUCACGGUAAUAAAAGCUGAAGAUUUACCGGCUUUAGAUAUGGGCGGAACAUCCGAUCCUUAUGUCAAAGUUUAUUUACUUCCGGAUAAGAAGAAAAAGUUUGAGACUAAAGUUCACAGAAAGACACUGAGCCCGGAAUUUAAUGAAACCUUUACAUUUAAGGGUGUCCCGUAUGCCGACGCAAUGAAUAAAACACUAGUGUUUGCAAUCUUCGACUUUGAUAGAUUUUCAAAACACGAUCAAAUUGGCGAAGUAAAAGUGCCGCUAUGCCAAAUAGAUUUAGCUCAGACGAUCGAGGAAUGGAGAGAACUCCAGAGUGUUGAAGGAGAAGGUGGACAAGACAACAAACUUGGUGACAUUUGUUUCUCUUUACGUUACGUACCGACAGCUGGAAAAUUAACAGUAGUAAUUCUCGAGGCCAAGAAUCUUAAGAAAAUGGAUGUCGGCGGUCUUUCAGAUCCGUAUGUUAAAAUAGCACUGAUGCAAAAUGGCAAGCGUUUGAAGAAGAAGAAAACUUCUAUUAAAAAAUGCACAUUGAAUCCUUAUUACAAUGAGUCGUUUACAUUUGAAGUUCCCUUUGAGCAAAUACAAAAAGUUAAUUUAGUGGUAACUGUAGUAGAUUAUGAUCGCAUUGGUACGUCAGAACCAAUUGGCAAAUGUAUUCUUGGUUACAAUGCAAGCGGCACUGAAUUGAGACAUUGGUCUGACAUGCUCGCAUCACCAAGACGACCAAUUGCCCAGUGGCAUACGCUCAAGGAUCCUGAGGAUGGUGAUAAGAAAGACUAAGAAAAUUAAAACCAAAAACAAUAAAAAAAAAGGCGUAUAUUCGCUUCAUCUAAAAAACCAAACAAUAAAAAAAAAGAACAAAGCUCUGAAAUAAAAAAUAAAAAAAACCCAGUAGAUAAUGAUUAAUUAACAAGAGUUAAAAAAAAAUAAUAAUAAAUAAAUAAAUCAGCAAAAUUACCAUCAAACAAAUAAUAAUAGCGUUAAACUAUAUUCUGAUGGAGUGUAGUCUUGUAUAUACACAUAUAUAUAAUAAUAAAAAAAAAAUAUAUAUAUAUAUACAUCUAUAUAUAUACAUAUAUUAAAUAUAAUAUAUAAUAUAUACACCAAAAUAUAUUAUCUAUUAUACGUUUUUUCUGUAGAGACUUAUGAGAUCUUUGAUGCUGAAUUAAUUGAUAAAUUGUUAAAUUACAUAUAUAUGUAUAUUUAAAAAAAAAAAAAAGAAAAAAAAUAAGUGAAAACCCCCGCACAUUUUUAUUUUUUGAACUUGAUAAUUUUUAUUUAAAUGUUACUAAUUAAUUAAUUAAUUAAUUGAUCGAUUAACAAAAGUUCAUUAAAAUGCAUUGAAUACAUAUAUAUACAUAUUGUAGAUUUAUUGUUAAAGAUCGUACAGAUUUUUUGUUUUCAAGAGUAAAAUUAUGAUAUCUACUAUUAUUAUUAUUAUUAUUAUUAUUAUUAUUAUUAUUAUUAGUAUUAUUAUUAUUAUUAUUAUUAUGGAAUAAAAAAAAUUAUACUCUUGUAUACAAUGUCUUCGUACGCUACAAUAAUAAACAAUAUUAAUAUAAAUAUUUAAUUAUAGACUUAAUUAUUAUUAUUAAAUAAAUAUUUAUUGUAUUGGCCAUUCGCGUUUUCGAAGCUGAAAUAAAACUAAAUAUAUGAUUAUUUAUAUAUAAUAAGUAAUAUAUUAAUUAAAAAUUAUAGCUGAUGAUACAUACAAAUGCUUAAAAUUAUAAUAAAUAUAUUAAUAAUACAUAUUUUAAUAAAAUAUGUAUGAAGAAUGACAAACAACGAUAACUUGUAACUAUAACCAUAAAAGACCAAUUUUAAAAUGAAGUAAAUCCCGUAGCUUCGAGGCGCGAAGGUCCGUAAUAUUUAAAUUUUAAAUAAAACAAUAAUUAUAUUAAUACUUGUAUGUAUAUUUUAAUUAUUAACUUCUUUUUUUUUAAUUUUGUUACUCAGUUUUUUUACGCGACAAAAUGGCCGUCGUGUAUUGACUGCGAAAUGGCGGGCAAUUUAAAAUUUUUAGGUUAGAGUGUUUUUUUGGUUGAAAUCAGUGGAAAAUUAUAAUUAUUAUUAAAAAUUAUUGUUGAUUUAAUAAAAUAAUUAAUUAAUAAUUAAUAUAUACAUAUAAUUAUUAAUUACUAUAUUCGUAUACUAAAAAAAAUGUAACAAAUGUAAUUGUUGAGAAAAAAAUUAAAUGCAAAUUCCCUGUCAAAAUUAAAAAUAAAUAAAAUAAGAAAAAUAAAAUAAAAAAAAAAAAAAAAAAAAAACCAAAUGGGCCUAUUCAAUCUGUUUACGCUGUUUAACAUAAUAUAUAAAAAAAUCAUUAUAAUAAACAAUAAUAAUUAAUAAUAACAAUAAAAAAAUUAUCUAUUAUUUUCUAAUCACUUUUUUUUUAUUCACAGAAUUUUUUAAAAUUUAUUAUUUUUAUUCCUCAUUACAAAGGUGUAAAUAUUUUUUUUUAAAUAAAUUUAUUCGAAUAUAUUUUAAGAGAAUCUAAAAAAAAAUAAAAAUCCCGUUUCCUUUUUAUUUAUUAAUUUAACAAAAAAAAAAAAAACGAAAAAUUUUCUUAAUCCUCGUGGCUAAAAUAUUUAAAUGUCGGCCUUUUUUUAUGCGUAAGCUUUUUGCUUCCGAUUGAAAUGAAAAAUAAAUUUAUUUACUUUGAAAAUUUGAAAAAAAAAAAAUUAACAGCUAAAAAUAUUUUCAGUAUCACAGAUAAUUAAAAUUCGUAUCGUCCGAAUUCUCUAUUAAAAAAAAACAAACGGACAAUAUUACUUGAAAUUACAUAUGUAUUACAAAGUAUUUAAAAUAAUAAAUAUAUAAUAAUAAUAAUAAUCAAUGCAUAUACGGUUUUAUCACUACGUUGCAAUCGUUAUCACUAUUAAUGUUGUUAACUAUACAAAA